AUGGAUGUUCUCUAUUCAUUAAUCGGAGUUGAAGAACUUGAUUUCCUAGCACAAAAUGAAAUUUUUACAAACACUCUCAAUUUUGUGUUUACCGAUAAUGGAGCUAACUUUUCAAUGGAUGAAACAAUGCUAAAUCGAUUUUGUAAGGAGAUAUUAUCUCGAAUUCAAUACAAUGUUAAAUGUCUUUAUUUGGAAACAACAACUAUGGAUCAUAUUUUACGUGCUGGCGUUUAUCCAAAUCUUACUGAACUCAAAAUAUUCAAAUUUCAUGCAUAUUUGUUUUCACACUUUUGUACAGAUGAAUUACUUUUCCGAUACAACUUCAAAAAACAAAUUACAGAUCUCACACUGACUUAUCACAGUAGUGAAGUAGGAACUAUAGAUCAGACGACAAGUGUAUAUAUAAAAUUUUUUGAUUUCUUUGAAAAUUUAAACUGUUUAAGCUGUAUUGGACCAUCUUUUACUCAAAAUCCAGUUUGA